UGUAGCGCAGCCGCUAGCUUGACAGAAAGUAGCUUAGGCUGAGCUGGCUGUUGGUUGGGGCUGUUUUGACUCCGCUGGCUGUUCCCCAUCGACGUCCUUCUCUACGUGGAAGCUGGUCGCUCUCGUCGGGGAGGUUUCCACACACCGAGGCGGGGGCUGAACACACAGAUCUGCUUCAAGCAGAACCGAUCAGAAUAACCCAGAAUCUGCUGAACUGACGCCAUGGACCCAGCCAGUCAAGAUAUCAACCUGAACUCUCCUAACAAAGGCAACAGCAUGGAUCCCUCAGACAACAUGGCCGACGAUCAGGCGGAGGGCGCGGCCGCGAACUCGGCUCACCCUCUCCCACCCGGCCUGACGGAGGAAGAGGCCGAGGAGCUCCGCCUCGAACUGACGAAGGUGGAGGAGGAGAUCAACACGCUGCGCCAGGUUCUGUCCGCCAAAGAGAGGCACGCCUCGGAGCUGAAGAGGAAGCUGGGCCUCAGUCCGCUCAACGAGCUCAAGCAGAACAUCACCAAGAGCUGGCAGGACGUCCAGACCUCACAAGCCUACGUGAGAACCACAGAGAAACUGGGCGAGUGGAACGAAAGGGUGACCGGUUCGGAUCUAUAUCUGUCUGCCUCAGCCACUUUGGAUGACAUUACCCACUCUGAAGCAUACAAGAAGACCCAGGAGACUCUUUCUGAGGCGGGACAGAAGACGAGCGCCGCUCUCAACACGCUGGGCACGGCCAUCAGCAGGAGGCUGGGCGACAUGAGAGCUCUUCCUUUCUCUAACUCCUUUAGUAGCAACUAUUCCAUUCGCCACUCCAUAAGUAUGCCGGCCAUGAGAAACUCUCCAACCUUCAAGUCGUUUGAGGACAAAGUGGGAAACCUGAAGCAUAAGGUGGUGGGACCCAGAGGGAACGGAGACGCCGUCAGCUCCCCGACCGACACCACCCCGACUCAUGAGAACCCGCCCUUCUGAAAGCACCGCCCCCUCCUCCUCGCUGCCAUCUUCCUCACGACCUCAGACUGUACUGUUAUGGAGCCCUGACCUCUGACCCCUUCAGCAACACUGCAUUUUGUCCUACGAUCUGUAAAUCUUAUCAUCUCUGAUUAAAAUAAUAAUUUUGAGCCAGAAAUCA